AUGGAACACCCGCCAGUAGACAUGGAACACCCGCCAGUAGACAUGGAACACCCGCCAGUAGACACGGAACACCCGCCAGUAGACACGGAACACCCGCCAGUAGACAUGGAACACCCGCCAGUAGACACGGAACACCCGCCAGUAGACAUGGAACACCCGCCAGUAGACAUGGAACACCCGCCAGUAGACACGGAACACCCGCCAGUAGACAUGGAACACCCGCCAGUAGACACGGUACACUCGCCAGUAGACACGGAACACCCGCCAGUAGACACGGAACACCCGCCAGUAGACACGGAACACCCGCCAGCAGACACGAAACACUCGCCAGUAGACACGGAACACCCGCCAGUAGACACGGAACACCCGCCAGUAGACACGGAACACCCGCCAGUAGACACGGAACACCCGCCAGCAGACACGGAACACUCGCCAGUAGACACGGAACACCCGCCAGUAGACACGGAACACUCGCCAGCAGACACGGAGCACUCGCCAGUAGACACGGAACACCCGCCAGUAGACACGGAACACUCGCCAGCAGACACGGAACACUCGCCAGUAGACACGGAACACCCGCCAGUAUUCACGGAACACUCGCCAGUAGACACGGAACACUCGCCAGCAGACACGUGGAUAAGGGAGUAUCUAAACACGGAACACUCGCCAGCAGACACUGAACACUUGCCAGUAGACACGGAACACUCGCCAGCAGACACGGAACACUUGCCAGUAGACACGGAACACUUGCUAGUAGACACGGAACACCCGCCAGUAGACACGGAACACCCGCCAGUAGACACGGAACACCCGCCAGUAGACACGGAACACCCGCCAGUAGACACGGAACACCCGCCAGUAGACACGGAACACCCGCCAGUAGACAUGGAACACCCGCCAGUAGACAUGGAACACCCGCCAGUAGACACGGAACACCCGCCAGUAGACAUGGAACACCCGCUAGUAGACACGGUACACUCGCCAGCUGACACGGAACACUUGCCAGUAGACACGGAACACUUGCCAGUAGACACGGAACACCCGCCAGUAGACACGGAACACCCGCCAGUAGACACGGAACACCCGCCAGUAGACAUGGAACACCCGCCAGUAGACAUGGAACACCCGCCAGUAGACACGGAACACUCGCCAGUAGACACGGAACACCCGCCAGUAGACACGGAACACUCGCCAGCAGACACGGAACACUUGCCAGUAGACACGGAACACUGGCCAGUAGACACGGAACACCCGCCAGUAGACACGGAACACCCGCCAGUAGACACGGAACACCCGCCAGUAGACACGGAACACCCGCCAGUAGACACGGAACACCCGCCAGUAGACACGGAACACCCGCCAGCAGACACGAAACACUCGCCAGUAGACACGGAACACCCGCCAGUAGACACGGAACACCCGCCAGUAGACACGGAACACCCGCCAGUAGACACGGAACACCCGCCAGCAGACACGGAACACUCGCCAGUAGACACGGAACACCCGCCAGUAGACACGGAACACUCGCCAGCAGACACGGAGCACUCGCCAGUAGACACGGAACACCCGCCAGUAGACACGGAACACUCGCCAGCAGACACGGAACACUCGCCAGUAGACACGGAACACCCGCCAGUAGACACGGAACACUCGCCAGUAGACACGGAACACUCGCCAGCAGACACGGAACACUCGCCAGCAGACACUGAACACUUGCCAGUAGACACGGAACACUCGCCAGCAGACACGGAACACUUGCCAGAAGACACGGAACACUCGCCAGCAGACACGAAACACUCGCCAGAAGACACGGAACACCCGCCAGGAGACAUGGAACACCUGCCAGUAGACACGGAACACCCGCCAGCAGACACGGAACACUCGUCAGCAGACACGGAACACCCGCCAGGAGACAUGGAACACCUGCCAGCAGACAGGCUACACCCGCCAGCAGACAG